CAAAUCACCAAUGAUAUCUAACAAAAGAUCUCACGUGAUGCGGAUCUGGGAUUCUGGAGUAUCUAUUCCCUGUGCAAGUUGACCAAAAUCACACUACUGUUGCAAGCUUCCAUUAGUCUUCUUCAAAAGUUCAAACCCAUGGGACAGAUUCUUCAAAAAUUCCAAGGUAAGCAGUGGAGAGAGACAAAAAUACGAAAAAUAACAGACAAGGUCUUUGACCAUUUCAAAAAUGAAUCAGGAAGAGCAAAUCUGAAGUUUGAAGACCUCUAUAUUGCUGUAUUACUUGUCUACAAUGAUAUUAAUAAACGUUUGCCCGGACCUCAUUUUGAUCCUCCUACAAAAGAUGAAGUUAGAGCCCUGAUGCAGGAGUGCGAUAUCAACCUUGAUGGAGAACUGGACCGAGAAGAAUUUGUCAAAUUUAUUAGAAAAUUAACAAAGGAUACUUUUAAAUUGGUGAGUCAGGGACUAAUCAUUGCGUUGGCAGUAGCACCAACUGUCGCUCUGCUAACGAAGAGGUCAACGGAGGGAGUCCCUGGUGUUGGAAAGGUGGUUCAGAAGAUGCCCACUUCUCUUUAUGCUUCUCUUGUGACUCUUACAGUUGUGUUGUGUCAGCAAGCUGCUGAGGCAAAGGAAUGAAGAAUUGUCACACAUGUAACAUACUUCUUUCUAUACAUGCCAGUAAGCUUUGAUUAAGUUAACUCAUUAGUAUAUUGUCGGACAUAUCUUCAAUAAUUCUCAAAAGUGACUAUUCAAAGGUGAUAAUGAUAUAAAUACCUUUGCCCUGUGUGAGUGAAAA